AUGGCCUCCCUCAGUAGUGGCGAACAGCACAAUCCUCGCCCGGUCCAAGUGACGAGGGCCGAUCAGGUCAAGACAGGGCAUGGGCAGACGGAUGGCAUGAUCCGGCAGGUAUGUGCAAUCGCAUUUGCUUUGACGAUCAGUUUGCAGUUGAAUCCGGAAGGGGGCGCCAUUCAACCAGAGAGGAGCCAAUAUGGCAGAGUUUGGGAGUAA